UGCGCCUGCGUCAUGCCCAGGCUGCGUGGUUGCCAGGUAACCGUGACGCGGCGGUCUCUACCUCUGAGACCAUGGCUAAAUUCGUGAUCGCGGGUAGGGGAGAUUGUCCAUAUUACGCGAAAGCAGAACUUCUGGCAGACUACUUGCAAAAGAAUCUUCCUGAUUUUCGGAUACAUAAAAUUACACAACAUCCUGAUGUUUGGGAGGAGUGGCUGAAAGAUACCUGCGAGAAGAAUAAGUGGAAGCACAAAAACUCCCCCAUCAUCUGGAGAGAGCUGUUGGAUCGUGGAGGAAAGGGUAUGCUUUUAGGAGGAUAUAAUGAGUUCUUGGAGCAUGCCCAGCUCUACUAUGGUGUCACCUCGAGCAUGACGACUGAGCUGAUGAUGGUAAUUGCUCAGGAGAACCUGGCAGCACACAUGGAAAGAGAGCUGGAGGAAGAAUCCCUGAAAGAUCUCAUCAACCCUUUACAGGUCUGGAUUGCCAGCGCAUCUGCGCCUGCUUGCUGCAACCUUAUCCCCUUACUGACCACGGGCGAAGUGUUUGGGAUGGAGACGGAAAUUAGCAUCACUCUGUUUGAUAACAAGCAGUCGGAAGAAUGGCUCCAAAGCCUUGUGUCAGAGACCGAGUACCUGGUGUCACCUGCCGUCCGCAGUGUGUCCAUCUGCACCAAAGUGGAGGAGGCCUUCCGCCACGCCCAGGUCGUCAUCAUUCUCGAUGACAGCACUGACUACGAAGUGCAUACUUUAGAGGACUGCCUCCGCAGCAGGGUGCCUCUGUGCAGGCUCUACGGAUACCUGAUUGAGAAAAACGCUGACGAUUCUGUCAGAGUUAUUGUCGGAGGAAAAACUUUUGUGAACCUGAAAACCGCCUUGCUUAUGAGAUACGCCCCAAAGAUCGCGCACAAUAUCAUCGCAGUGGCAAUGGGCGUCGAAGGGGAGGCCAAAGCUGCACUGGCAAGAAAGCUGAAGACCACGCCCUCCUGUAUCAAAGAUGUGAUAAUUUGGGGUAAUAUCAGUGGCAAUAACUAUAUAGAUCUGAGAAAAGCAAGGGUUUACAGAUACGAGAGUGCCAUCUGGGGGCCUCAUAAUUAUUCACGCCCUGUGUUAAGCUUGAUUUUUGAUAGUGAGUGGUUAAAAAAAGAAUUUGUGGAAACUCUUAAAAAAUUGACUGAAACAGGAAAACAAUUUGGAGGCAUUUUAGCUGCUCACAGUAUAGCCACUACGUUGAAAUACUGGUACCACGGCUCACCGCCUGGGGAGAUUGUAUCUUUAGGAGUAAUGAGCGAAGGCCAGUUUGGUAUUCCAGAAGGGAUUGUUUUUUCUAUGCCUGUGAAAUUCGAGAAUGGAACUUGGGUGGUUCUUACAGAUCUUAAAGAUGUUGAAAUAAGUGAACAGAUAAUGACUACAAUAACAACUGAUCUGAUUCAGGAGAAACUUGUUGCACUUGGAGACGUGAUGAAUUUUCAACCCUACCAAUCAGAAAGUGGCAUAGCCAAACGAAGUGAAAGGAGAUCCUUGCCCAUCACAGAUGACAAUGAGGAAGAACAAACGGUGUCAGACGAAAAUAAAGAUAGCAUGAAUUCUGAUCCAGUCCCAGAUGAAGAAAAGGAUCUAGCCACAUCUGACGACGUAGAUUAUUCAGAUACGGUUCCUCCACCCACCUCUGAUAAGUCACAGAUUCAAGAACCCCUCAAUGAUUCAGAAGAAAAAACUACAGAACACAUCAAAGUAGACCAAAUAUGAAGUUAUUAUACUUGGUGGUAUAAUGUACAUAGAAAAACCCAGGAAGAACCUCUUUAGGAACAAUGAUUUGAAAGAUUUACUUCAGGCUUAGAUAAUAAGUCAAGCAAUUAAAUACCAGUAACAACAUGAAAAGACAGAGUUCCCUCAUUUUAUGUUGUAUGUGUCUACUCAUAUAUUAGUUUAUUAUUGCUUUUUCUCAGAAAUAGUUUGAUGUUGAGACCAGCAGAUGGCA